AUGCAUCCCCAGUACUCAUCAUCGUUAAACGGUGGGGAGUCGGAAAAUGUUGAUAAAAGGUCGUCGAGUACGCAAGAUCUGGACAGCGAGGAGUUUGAUCCGCUUAAAGAGUUGGCUGUAGCCGCCACUGAUCCUGCGGUUCUCGAGUUAGUCGAAAGACAAGCUGAUUUCGAACAAUCACGCCGCGAAGCAAGAAAUGCAAGAAAUGAUCGGCGAGAAGAUGGAGGCAAGAAUAAUAGGCCAACUUCUCAUGAAGCACUUGUUCUUCCUCGAAGAAUCUUGAGGAACAAGAUCGACGUCAUGGGAGGGACGGAGGUGAAUUUUGUGCUGCAAAAGUCCUUCGUCGCAGGGUCCCGCGGUGGGAGAAGCAUCAGAUUGCCAAUACGUUCCACGCAAAUCACGUCCUCAUUAAGAGAUGCCGAGAAGAGGAGACUUGAUGUUGAGAGAAAAAGUAUGGCGGUGAAGCUAAUAGACCAGAGCUUUAGAGAGUUUCAAAUGGAGAUUAGGCGGUGGGAUGGUAGAACAAACGGCAAAAUCUACGCGUUAGCAACCAAGUGGAAUGAUGUCGUUUCCAGUAAUCAUUUGGAAGAAGGCGACGACAUUAAACUUUGGUCGUUUCGGGUUGAUGACCACCUUCAUUUCGCUUUACAAACAACCAAGAAAGCUGCCAGACUAGAUCAGUAG